AUGAAAAAACUCUGCAUUUCUCAGCUUCUUGGUGGUCAAACACUGGAACGGAUGUUUCCUAUUAGGCGUUCAGAGGUAAGGAACCUGGUAGAAUUGUUCGCAACUUAUGCAAAAGCCGGGAAGGCGAUUGACAUUCGAGGAGAGCUGAUGAGGACAACCAAUAAUGUGAUAUCAGGAAUGGUUAUGAGCAAGAGAUGCUCAGGAAAUGACUAUGAAGCCAUGGAAGUUAGGAAAUUGAUUAAAGAGGCUUCCGAGCUUUGUGGGCAAUUCAAUCUUUCUGAUCUUUUUUGGUUUUGUAAGAACUUGGAUUUGCAGGGAUUAGGCAAGAGGCUCAAGAAAGUUCGUGACAAGUAUGAUGAAAUGAUGAAUCAGAUCCUAAUAGACCACAAGGAGCAAAAAAAAGGUAACAGAUCAGAGAAGGACCUUCUUGAUAUUUUACUCGAAAUUGCAGAAGAUGAAAGUGCUGAAUUCAAGCUCACAGAAGACAACAUCAAGGCUUUUAUCUUGGAUGUUUUCACUGGAGGAUCAGAUACAUCAGCUAUAGCAGUAGAAUGGGCAAUGGCAGAGCUAAUAAACCAUCCAGAAUCACUCCAGAAAGCGGUGCAAGAAAUCGACUUAGUCAUUGGAAAAAAUCGAGUUGUAGAAGAAUCAGACAUACCUAAUCUUCCUUAUCUCCAAGCUGUUGUGAAAGAAACUCUAAGAGUUCAUCCACCUGGAGGACCAUUUAUCUUAAGAGAGUCUAGUGAAGAUUGCACCAUUGAAGGUUACCAUAUUCCAGCAAAAACCCGAGUUUUGGUUCACGUUUGGGCUAUUAACAGGGAUCCAAAUGACUGGGAAAACCCUCUUGAGUUUACACCAGAAAGGUUCUUAACAGAGGAGGGAACACUGAAAGGGCAAUUGGAUGUCAGGGGACAGUAUUUUCAGUUCUUGCCAUUUGGUAGCGGCCGAAGAGGUUGCCCUGGAAUUUCACUGGCAAUGCAAAUGGUUCAAAUAAGCCUCGCGGCGAUGAUUCAGUGUUUUGAAUGGAAAGUUGAGGGAAAUGGAAAGAUUGAAAUGGAAGAAGGAAAUGGUGCAACUCUUCCUAUGGCUCAGCCAUUGGUUUGUUUCCCAGUUGUAAGGCUCAAUCCACUCCCACUCUAA